UCUGGGUGCUCAGGGGCCCGGGCCAGACGGAGGACUGGCCAGGGCAGGUGUCCAGACGAGCGGCCUCUGGAGGACACAUACAAGGAAGGGAUGGGAGCUGCCCGGCCUCUCCCUGCUCUGGGCCCCGCGGUCAUGGUCCCCCAGAGAGGGCCACUCCUGCUGCUGGCCCUCAGCCUGGGCCUGGCUUGUGCCCAGCAGACACUAGAAGAGGUGCCCGUACAGCCAGGCUUUAAUGCCCAGAAGGUGGAGGGGCGCUGGCUGACCAUCCAGCUGGCCUCUAGCCGUGCACACCUGGUCUCCCCAGCCGACCCCCUGAGGCUCGGCCUCCGUUCCAUCUGGACCCGGGAUGAGGAUGUGACGUUCGUCUUGUUCUGGACAGGAGAGGGCGUGUGCCAAGGAGUCAACGUCACCGUCCACCCGACUGGGCUCCAAGGCCAGUUCCAAGGCUCCUGUGAGUGGCCCAGGCCCCCGGCCCGGGUGCCGUGCUGGGCGAGGGGAGGGCAGGGGACGCCUGAUGCCCUGCACCAGGGUCACGGGGGAAGCACCGUGCCGGAGGGAGACGCCCUCCCGGUGCCCAGCGCUGCCCCGGGGAUGGGUCUGGGGGCGGAGGAGAGGGGGCUCACCUGUCACCGCCCGGGGUCUCCCACAGGGGAGGGAGGCAAUAGCAUGCACGUCUGCUUCGUCGGCACCGACUACAGUAACCUCGUUCUUUACGUCCGCCUCGAGGAUGCCGGCGAGGUCACCAGCCUGUGGGCGCUGCUGGCCAGAACGACGCCCGGGGACCCCACGUGGCUGGGGAAGUACCUGGAGUACGUUAGGGAGCUCCGGCUGCACAAAGCCCCGGUCUUCAAUCUCGAUGCCCGGUGUCCCCCAGCUGAAGCCUAGGUCAGGGCCGCCCGAGGCUACCUGCCCGGCCCUCCUGCCCCCUGCCCUCGCCUCUCCCCGCUUCCCCCACCUUGCUUGCUCCGGUGCCUCCCAACCCCCCGAGGCAGACCCUCCAGCCUGGGCCUGGGCCUGGCCCCCACCUUGUCCGCCUCCCAGCCUCUCCCGGCCCGGCCCAGGGGCGUGAGAACGCUCUAGGAGGGGACAGGUGGCCCCCGGAAGUCUGGGCCACAGCGAACACAGCACUGCAGUCUGGCGGAUGGGGCCACCUGUGGAGUCCCUUCAGGGACACGACCCUGCGAGGGGCUGGACUGUACCCUCUGACCUGCUCCCGCCACCUGGGUCCUGCUAGGAUGACUCCAGAGAGGUGCCCUGGGCCCCGUGAGCCGAUGCGACGAGUCCCCGCCCAGGUCAGAGGGCGCCGAGUGAGCGCAGCACCAGCCCGUGCUCCCCAGAGGAGCCAGGUCAACACAGGCCCGUGCACCUGCACCACAGAUGAGACAGCGCCGUCCCCUGGAAGUCAAGGCCACUACGAGGGCAGUGCCCGGAUGGCAGGCGUCCCCCUCUGCCCAG